GGGCUUACAUAGGCUAUGUCUGUUGCCCGAUCCUAUUGAGUUUCUCAGUAAAAUACAUGUAUGUUUAAGCUAUAAUCUUCAAUGUGUUUGCCUCCACAUCAGGGCUUAGUUAAUUGUCUUCCUCUUCCCUUCUCUGGGUUUGCACUAGAAAGUACAAGCCAUGGAACAUUCUGUCUACAAGUUAGUUAACCUAACAUCUACUAUGAUCAUAAUAAAAAUCACUCCCAUUCCUGGGGAAAUGGAGAACACCCACCCAGACAUAGAAUGGAGCUGGAAAACUGUUGCUAUUUUGGUGAAUCCUCAUGUGGCCUAGCAGUACAUGUAUCAAUGCAUCAGACACACUGAUAAGGCUUCCUUCAGUAGUAGGUGAGUAUUGAUUGGUCCAGACUCUGAUUCCAGCGUCUGCUUCAGGAGGUUACAUGGCUUCCAUGAUGCAAGGCAUUAAUUACUCAGGUACAAUGUAUUGUCGUAGGGUUCUAACAUUCAUGGUGACAAAAACCAUGAGUAAAAUAUCUCUUGACAUUUUAGGAUAAAUCUUUCCAGGAUGAUUUUUAAUAUAUUUAUUGUGAAAUAGCAUUUAUUAAAUGAUGGUUGCAUCUAGAUUGUGAAUCUGCUACAAUAUGUAUGGCUAAUUAUUGUUCGUAUUCUUUAUGUGUGCAUGACUGCCAUUAAUAAUAUAUUGACUGGCCAUUACGUUUAUUGGAUAAAUUCAAUAUUCUUCACCCCAAGUCCCUUCCUGCAAAUGCUAAUAUGAAGCGUAUAACUCUUAUAACAUGCCAGACUAGGUUUGGCACCAGAAUAGGUUAUGACUUUACUCAGGCUAAUUAAGUGAACUGUAUGUUUACAGUUGUUAGUACAGUAUUUGUUAAGAAAUGUUUAUGUAUAUCCUAAAUUGUUGUAAUUGUCUGUAAGUUUAAUCAUGAUUCAGCUGGUACAUACAUGUGUUGUGAUUUUUGCAAUAUACCAGUUUGCCUCAGUUGAAAAAUGUAUGGUUUUGAUUCCCUGCAUAAAAAGAGGUUCAUAGCAUGGCUCUAUUACACCAUCAAUAAUGCAUUGUAUGAUGUACACAAGAGUCAGUAGAUGUACAAAGACUGCAAUAACAAUAAAAUUGAUAUUGAUUUGGUAUUGGUACUAACCAUUUAAGACAUUAACAAAAUUCUAUUUGUUCAACAUUUUUUGAAACAACGGCCUCAUUAUUCAUUAAUAAUGUUGUAAGGACUAAAUAUCGAAUCCAUGUGAACUAAAUAUUGAAAAGGGAUGCAUAUUUAAAAAGAAUCAUUAUUAUCAUCAUUUAGACUCUUAGGUUAGUUUGGAAGCAUUAAUUUGUGAAGCGUAUUUUAUGUGACAGACAUUAGCAUUCAACUGCAUAAAUGUGUACGACUGUACAGUGAGCUUUUAGUUCUUAUUAGAGACAGUUGCUGUUACUACUUUAUACAAUGUAUUAUCAAUAUCAAAUGCAGUCUGAGAGAGAAAAAUCCACAGAAAUAAGUAAAAUCCACAGAAAUAAGUAAAAGGAUAAUCACUGGGCUGUUAUGUCACCUUUUUUUUCAAAUACAAGGAUGAAAAGUUUGUAGCAAUUGAUGCGAGGUUUUAAAAUUUAACAAACUUUGGUAAACUGGAAAAAUAUCUUUGAUCUGUAACUUAAAACAUGAAGUACGAGGGUUUUCCAAAAAGUUCAUGGACAGUGGCGUUAUUGUCAUUUUGAAUGGGUACAUACUGUAUAUGAAAAUAUUUGUUACAAAUUUCCAAGUAAAAAUAAGUUGGUUUUGAAUGUUUUCACUUAUUCAAUAAAUGUCUUAAAGGUCGCAGAAGGCAUGCUCGGCUCAGGAUAAAACAAUUACAAACUUUGUAAUGAAGUUUUUGCAUUCAAUUGAUUAUAUUUUUUCAUAAGACAGGUCAAAACUACAUAAAAAUUAAAUGGGAUGUAACAAAAACAAGUGAUGUCAUUUUCUGAUGUCAUUAGUAUCAGUUAUUUGAUGAAUUAAGGUGACAUCAAGAAAACACAGCAAGUCUUAGAAAUAUGACUCCGAAAACUCCCCCCAAAAUGACGUCAGCCAUUUGAACAUAACAGUGUGCAAUGAUAAAACCUGUGUUGACCUAAGGAAAACUCCAAUAGAGACAAAAAAAAGUAAGAGGGAAUAAUCGGAAUAUUCCCAUUUAAAAGUGACAUAAACAAUUUUCCGAUGAUAUGUUCAAUUUUGGAGAUGCUGCUGAAAAUGCAAAAUCCCAUUUUUCAUGAUGUUAUUAUGAAAGAAAGAAGCCUUAUGGUUAGAGAAGACACAUCUAGCUGUUUGUAAUGCAAAUCUUCGGUUUUCAGUAUCCUCACCGAGGACAGUAAAUGGUAUAUUAGUGUAUUUGAUUCAUGGCUAAGGAAAAGUGAGAAGCAUGUGCAGGUAACUAAGGGAUACUCACGAUCAUAAUGUUAAAAAAACGUUAAUAUGGCUUAAUUAUAUCGGAUCGGGCUGUACAACUUGUAUACACAAAGUAUUUAUGCUAAUGACACACUUACAGUAUUGUGUACAGUUCUUAUAUUUGUAUAUUUACAUUAUCGUGGCCUAUAUCAAACUGUUAUUCCACACAAUUGCCACAAUCAUCAUUAUAAAGAGAAAAAUAGCAUGUGUCCAUGAACUUUUUGGACAGCCCUCAUAUACAACCAACUAUGCUAAAUGAUAGUACUGUAGUAAUGUGAAAGAGUGUUAAAGGAUAUGAGAUUGUAUAGAAAUGUUUGAUAUGUUUCUCCAUUACUUACAUUAAUUACUUUGAGAAUUUGAAAGAAAAAACCCCAAAUAAUAAUGUAUUACAUGUAGUUGAAGUGAAGAUGAAUUACAUGUGAGUUUAGCCAAGACAUAGUAAUCAAUAAUGUUAAACAAGUGACCCCACUAAUUUUUCAUUCUGCAUGUACUAAUAUUGAGUAAUAUCUAUCUUGGAAUUUGUAAAAAAUAUAUGGUAAACUACCAUAUUCAUCGGAUGCAUUGGAACAUUGUCCAGACUCAUUAAUAUAAUGUGUCGAUUAUCUUCAUGCAUACACUGUCAAAAUGCAUUGCAACGUAAUGUACAUGCAAGCAAACUGUAAUAUGUUCAUUUGGCAUUUUGGCAUGGUGGUUGGUGAAAAUAUCUAGAAAUUAUGUAAUCCUCCUGUCUAAAAGAUGGAAAGCCCUGAAAAAAGAUGCGGGCAGUGUGUUUUAGGUGAAUGACUUGGGAUUACAGUCUGGGUUCAGGCACUCUGUAACAAUCAAUAACAUUCACUGUACUACGGAUAUCUUGAGAAUUUCAGUGUGCAUCAUGCGGUUAUGAUAUACAGAAUUUUGCAUUUAGUUAUUACAUCCUGGUGUCUCGGCCUGUGUUUUCAAAGAUAUUCUUGUUAUGGUUCAUGUACAAAGUAUUGGAUAUGAAUAGUUUGUUAUAGUUAACAAAAAAACAGCUAGUUGCACAGAACAGUUACAGCAAUAGUGAGUCACUUGUUGACAAGGUACAGGUAGAAGAAUGGGUUAAAGUAGCAAGGUCGUCCAAGGAAGUGGCCUGGUCACCAUGACAACAUCAACAGCAGAAGAUCUGCUCCAGGCCAAUCAGGUUGUCAAGGAAAGAUGGAAAGUGGUUCGGAAGAUUGGAGGUGGGGGAUUUGGGGAAAUAUAUGAAGGUAUUGACCAAGUCACCAAGGAGUCAGUAGCUCUCAAGCUGGAGUCUGCCAAACAAGCCAAGCAGGUCCUCAAAAUGGAGGUCGCAGUCCUAAAAAAGCUACAGGGACAAGACCAUGUGUGUCGAUUCAUUGGGUGUGGCCGCAAUGAAAAAUACAACUACGUUGUUAUGACGUUACAAGGUAAAAAUUUGGCGGAGUUAAGACGGAGUCAGUCCAGGGGUUGCUUUUCCCUCAGUACCACCCUCAGGCUGGGUGCCCAGAUAUUGAAAGCCAUAGAGUCGAUUCAUGAGGUGGGAUUCCUGCACAGAGAUGUGAAACCAUCUAACUUUGCCAUGGGUAGGCUCCCAAAGGACAGUAAGAAAGUAUUCAUGCUGGAUUUUGGGUUGGCUCGGCAGUACACCACACCCACAGGUGAAGUCCGGCCACCCAGGGCAGCUGCUGGCUUCAGGGGAACUGUCAGAUAUGCCUCCGUCAAUGCUCACAAAAACAAGGAAAUGGGAAGACAUGAUGACCUUUGGUCCCUGUUCUACAUGCUGGUGGAAUUUCUGGCUGGUCAGUUACCAUGGAGAAAGAUCAAAGACAAGGAAUUGGUCGGUCAGAAUAAGGAGAAAUAUGACCACACACAAAUGUUGAAGAACAUGCCACCUGAGUUCAAAACCUUCCUGGAACACAUCGAAUCGCUAGAAUAUUUUGACAAACCUGAUUACUCGCUCAUGCAUAACUUGUUUGAGCAGUGUAUUAGGCGGAAAGGGAUAAAGGAUAGUGACCCGUAUGAUUGGGAAAAGAUUUACACUGACUCCGUAGCUACCACCACCACCACUUCACCACCGAUAGGGCUGAAGGCCACCACAGGAUUAGGAUUGCAUGGGGCUACAGAAGUCAUUGAUGAGAUUCUCAGUGAUGAGGAAAAUAAGGAUGAAAAGCGUUUGAAGGAUGCAGAGCUUAUUAUGGACAAUAAGCAUGUAAAGGAGAUAGACAAUAGAUAUCGAGAGGAACAGGGUGAUAUUGUUCUUAUCAAACGUGAUGAUCCAAAUCUGCGAGUGGAUGAAAAACAUCAAGUUGAGCAGAUGGUGAAAGAAGAAACUGUGGAAAAUGUGGCUGUGGAGGCAGAAAAUGAAACACAUGAAGUGGUUAUAAAUGAACCGAAAAAUGAGGUCAAGGGCAAAGGUAGUAAACCUGCUGUGACCUCUCCAACCAAAUCUUCACUCAAAACUGUAGAUUUUAAUGUUCUUAAACUUCGAAACACUCAAAACACUGUGCCAGAUAGUUCAUUUAGGCCUAUUAAGGAAUCAGUGUCUUUUGGAGAUGUUAAAUCUAUUGAUUCAAAACAAAAGGAUAGCAAUUCAAACUUUAAGGCAGAGCGAAGGGUGUCUAUUCAGGAUUUUGCAGAAAUUCAUGAGGAGAAUAAAGUUGUAGAAAAGUGCAAUAAUGAACCUGAUCCACUCGUGAGCCGAGCACCAUUGACAUUUGCUCUGAUGCAGACAGAGGAUAAAACACCAGAUGAUCAUCUGGAUGAAAAUGCGACAAGAGCUGCACCUUACACAGUGGCUAGUCAGUGGAAUGCUUCUCAAUUCCCAUCAUCUUCUGAAAGUCAUGCGGAGGAUGAGAGUGAUGGAGAAGUAGGAGGAUCUAAAAAUAAAUCUCAACUGAAAAAAAUUAAACGAUUUCAACACAAUACACUGAUGGAUGAAGAGGAUAUGAAAAUGGACAGUGUAUUGAGAAAUUCUCUUGUUCUUGCUGAUGGAGAUGGUCAGGACUGUCUUCGAAAUUCCUUGGUGUUUUUAGGUGAUGACAGUGCUGCAUUGUCUGCCAAUGAGUCAGACAAUGAUAAAAAGCAUGGGGUAAAAAGUAAAUCAAGUUCUUUUGCUGAAAAAUCAAAGCAUCAUGAAAAGUCUGUAGGAACUAGUAGUAUAUCACACAAAUUGUCAGGCCCAAGUAAAAUGCCAGAGAAGCUAGUUAAAGAGAUGGAUAACCUUAUAUCUUCUCCUCUUCGCAAUAGUCCAACAAAACAUUUAUUCAAACCGAAAGAAAGUUUAACUGAUUUAAAGAAAUUAGCCACUCUCAGUCAUAUUAAAACAGUCACCUCUAAACCACCACCUCCUCAACCACUGACUACAAAGAAGGAUUUAGGAACUUCAGUCGACAAGCCUACCCCUGUCAAACCUGCUCUCAAGCCUAAACCUAAACAGCUGCCAAAUUUGAAGGUGCUUGUAGGAGUUGGAUCUUCUGUAGACAAGAUUAGUGAUGAAGGAAGCUCAGUGGAUGGAGAUCGAAAAACUGCAUCUGUGUCCAAUGUGGAUGUUCAGGUGAAUAAAAAAGACAAGCAUGAGGAACUGGAGAGCAAUUCUUCUUUCCUGUCUCAUGACAAGUUCUGUUCAGUUAGUCUUAUGUCAAAUAAACAGUCACUCAAGCCUUUAGAAGAGAAGCCUAGUAUAGCAAACUCCACUCAAGUUUCAUCAAAUGUUAUAGAAACUUCUAUAGAUAAUUUAAGUAAUAAAUUAGGUAGUAUAAAUAGAAAACCUGAAGAUAUUAAAAUCUCAGAAAGUGUUACCACAGCAAAGAGAGAAUUACCUUUGCCCGCUUCUCAGAUCCCUGUAAAAGUGGACAAAUCCUCAAAGCAUUCUUUGACAGACACUGUAGGCAGUGAAAAACAAAUAGAGUCUAAUAAAGAAGUGGUCAAAAAUGCCAAAACUGACACAAUAGAAACUCUCAAAGUCAACAAACAUGGAAACAAAAAAUUCUCUGAGAAGGAAAUACAGAGAGCUGAAAUAGAGCACUUGAGAGCAAGGAAGAAAAUGUCUCCCAUAGUUGAGGAAAGGAAUGGAGAAAUUAAUUCAAAAUCUGCUCAGAGUGUGGAGCAGGUGCCUUCAAGCACAAAGUCAACAAGCAGUGAACCAUCUGUAGGUAAAGAAGAGAAUGUUGUGGCUUCUGCAGAGAAAAACCAAGUGGAAAGGAGACAUUCAUUCAAUGUUGACAUUAAAUCCUUUUCUAGUCAGUUGGAGAAAAAAUUCACACCAAUUUCACGUCAAAUUGAUCUGCAGACAGAAGCAAAAGCUUCUUCACAAGCUGAAAAAAGUCCCUCUCUUGCUGAAAAUAGGAUAUCAAGUCAUAAAAAUGAUCCUGGAAACAAAAAGCCAGUGAGGCGUCGUUCGUCAUCUGCUUCUCGUAUUCCUGACCGCACUGCCAAUGAACUUCGUGAGGCCUUGGCCGCUGUAACCCCCACCCCUCCAGAAACUGACCCCUCUAAAGUCCCCAAACCUCCACCUGGUGCUGCUCCAAAAAAUACAGUUCUGUUGAAUGCAAGGAGGCGCCGAUACAAAAUGGCUUCCACCAACACAAGUCCCAGAGAGCCAUCAUCACCAAGGGCGCACAGUGACAUUCCAGUUCUUCGAAGCAAGCCUGCUUGGAGGUAGAAUGCAGAAAUUUAACUUAACAUGUCCUUACCAUCUGCUAACCACCACCCACCCUAUUUAAGGAGAAUAGUUUGAUCUCUGUGCCAUACCAUGAAAGCGGCUGUAUGGUUGUAAUAGACGGGGAAAAGAAAGAUCAGUUUUGUUUACAAUCUUAUUGACCUUUCUCAAAUUUUUGGGGUCAAGUUCAUUUUAGCAAUAUUGUUAUCAGCAUAAUAUGAUGCAAUUGGAUAGGUUUUUUGGAAAUUGUGAAUAUUUCUGAUGCAACUUGUUCUAGCCUUGAAAUUGUAGUAAGAGAUGUUAAUGCAUUUAACUGCUUUUAAUGAAUCAGAGGUCCUCUUCUGUUUGCUUUGAUACGUAUAACUUUUAACAAAUGUUGAUGAUACUCAUGUAACCCCAGAUUUCUGUCAUGUCAUAGCAUUCACUCAUAACAUACUUACACUCUGACUCUGCAGGAUGAUCAAAAUUAAACAUGAUAUUUGAAGGUGGGUAGAAAAAUUUAAAUUAGUGAAUGCCUUGAUUGAAAUGAGUUUUUGAUGUUUUGGAUCAGUGUGAGUAAAUUUGUAUCAACGAUAAGGUUGUAGUGAAUAUCAUUUCAAAUAUGUGGUCUGCAGGAAGCAUUUUGUAGCUGAAGAAGUAUAUGGCUAAGAUGUGAGCCGGCGCCAUAAGGCUAAAUUUGAAAAGGAUAAGAAUUGUCUUGUGCUACAUAUGUGAAAGUUCUGUUUAAAGUGCAAUGCUUCAAUACAUAAAUCUUCUUUCAUCAUUCAUAAAUAUAAAUCAGUAAACAGACACCCCAUCCCAUCCUGAUGGUGACAGUUUAAAACAUGUUUCAUAGGAUUAUGAUAUAAAUUGAAUCUGUGAUUCUGCAUGACCUAGGAAUUCAGACUGUCAUAUUUUUUCUUUUUUAGUAAAUUUGUAUUUUAUGAUUCUUGCUACUUACCUCAAACUUGUUUAUAUUUGAGUUAGAGUAUGAUGUUAUCAUAAUCACUGUAACAUGUACAAAAUAAUGUAUUAUUAAUUUGCAUGGAACCCAUGUUUAAUUUGUUGACUAAAGCAUCCCAGUAUUCAAAAUAUUAAUAUAUUGGGAUAUGUAAUUAGUUCAUUUUUAAUCUAAUUUUUGCAAGCUGUUAAAAAAUUACUAUAAACAACAAAUCAUAUUGUUUUGUUUUAAAUGCAUUUCAACAUGGUAUGAGAGAUUACUUUUAGAUGGGUCAAUUGUACAGUGAUAUAGUGUGUCUUGGCCACAAGGAGAUGCAGUUUAAUGCGAUUUUGUUCACUUUCAUGCUCAUCUUUUUCAGUAUCAAAAUUUCAUCCCAUCUUGAAUUCACCCUGUCAAUUUUUAUCUGAUAUUGGACUCAUUCUUGAAAAUGAAGGGGGGGGGGGUCUAGUGACUUCCAUAAAUGUUAAUAUUUUCCUCACAAUUGUAAUUUUUAUUUUUCCAAAACUUUAUCCCAUUUGUUAUUUUCGAUCAUCUGGUACAUUUUUUCAAAAGCACCCUUCAGACUUUAUCCUGUAUAACAGAACAUGUGGUAUGCAUGAAAAUAUUGAUAUUUAUUUGGUAAACUUCAUAUUUCUGUGAUCAUGGGGUACUGCAGUAUGUGCAAGUGACACACAAUUUCCCCAUUUCUCUCACACCAUAUUGUCCUGCUUUUUUGUAAACUUUAUCCUUGUUAGAAAUACUUUGUUACCCAUUUAAUGGGGUGUGAAUUAUUUUCACCAUGUACUUAACACAUUUUAUCAAUCAAAACUUUUGUUAUCAAGUGCUUACUAGGUAUAUAACUACAUGUAUACUCUGAGUUGAGUGUAAAGCUGAGAGCUGAUUUGAAUGGAUGCUUUGUAAGGAAUGCAAGUCAUAGAUGAUUUAUGUAAAUUUUGAAAUAUUGCAAUAAAGUAAGCUCAAAAUGAA